UGUUGUUUUUUUUUUUGUUUUUUUUAAUGUAUUUGUUUUGUCUAUUGAUUAUGCUUCAAAAGUUGACAAAAAUAUUUGGAAUGUCAAACGUUUAAACGUCAAUUUUUGGUUCAUAGUAUUUUUCUAACUGAUUGUUUUUGCACGCACACUGUCAAACAUUGCGGCCUCGUUUAGUCAUGUGUACCCACUUCCUGACUUUAACACGAAGCGCUUAGGAUUUGGAUUGGUAACUCAGUCGAAGUUUUGGAAGGUAAAAAUUCCAUCUGUUCAUGGUGUUGACUAUUUUAAACAUUUUUUUGUCAGAUUUGUAUGUGUUGAUUGAACUUGGAUUCAUCAGUUUAAGUCAAAAGCAGAGGAUAAAGGCGGGACUACUUCUACCGGCGGAGCAAGACGAGGCACUGACCACUCUGACUGCAAGGAGGAGAGCAGCCAGCCAGCUAGAGGGGAUGGUACACGCUUGGGGUGGUUUAGGAGAUGAUGCGUCGUGUGGAUGUACUGCUUGUGUGGCCCUGCAAGUAAAACCUGAUCUCGACGCGGCGGCCAAUUUGCACGGCGUGGCGAGAAGAAAGCGCGGGCGGCGUCGAUGAGCAGACCUCAUCACCUCUCUGCCACCUUUAAUUUCACAGUAAAAGCCAUCAAGAAAGGCCUCAGUUCCUGUGCACCUGCUGACCUUUCACAAUAAGAGACAUCCAGAAAAAGAGAAAGAAGACAUCCAUCAGCAUGCCCCGGGGGGGCGCCCUUUUCAGUGGCCUCGGUGAUACGGAGCCGGCGUGAAGAUGGACCGCUGCAAGCACGUGGGGCGUCUGCGUCUGGCCCCGGAUCACUCCAUCCUAAACCCGCAGAAGUGGCACUGCGUGGACUGCAACACCAGCGAGUCCAUCUGGGCCUGCCUGGGCUGCGCUCACGUGGCGUGCGGGCGCUACAUCGAAGAGCACGCCCUGCAGCACUUCAAGGAGCAGCGUCACCCGCUGGCCAUGGAGGUCAACGAACUCUACGUCUUCUGCUACCUGUGCGACGACUACGUGCUGAACGACAACGCCACGGGGGACCUCAAGCUGCUGCGGAGCACGCUGGCCGCCAUCCAGAGCCAACGCUACGAGGUCACCACCCGCAGCGGGCGCACCCUCCGCUCGGCCGGCGAGGCGCCCACGCCCCGCGGCGCCAGCGAGCUGCAGCUCCGGGACGAGGACCGCAUGUUCACCGCCCUGUGGCACCGCCGCCUGGCGCUGGCGGCUCGCGUCUUCCGCCUCUGGUUCGGCCUGACCGGCCGCGGCCGGGCCAGGCAGGAGGAGGAGCGGCGGCGGGCGGAGGCGGAGGAGCGCAAACUGGAGGCCAGGGAGCGAAGGCGGGCGCUCAAGAGGCAACUCCGGGAGCAACUGGAGCACGCCCCGCUGAGGAAAAGCCUCCGUUUACGUCGGAGGACUCGCCGAGCGUCGGAAGGCGCCGGCGCUGCCGCGAUGCCCGAAAAGACCAAAACGCCGCCGGCUCCCCUCGCCCGCCGGUCACGCACCGCCUCCGCGCCGACCCCCAAAAAAAACGCGCGCCGGAAAAAUGCUCGAGCCGAAUCCAAAAGUCCUUCUUCCGGCGGCAAACCCAAACGCGAGCCCCCCCGCCAAAGCGCCGGCCGGCAAAAGCGGGCCGCCGAAGAGGGCGGCUCGCCCUUCAAGCGGCGCCCCGCCGUCACUCCCGGGGUGACGGGUUUGAGGAACCUGGGUAACACGUGCUACAUGAACUCUGUCCUGCAAGUGCUGAGUCACCUGCGCGGCUUCAGGGAGUGCUUUCUGCGCCUGGACCUGGCGCAGACGCCGGAGCUGCUGGCGUCCGCCGCGCGGGGCCGGCCGGCGGGCGAGGCCCCGCCCCGUCGGAGCCCGGCGGGGGCGGGCCUGAGCGGCGGCGCCUCGCGGGGAGGCAGCAUGGAGCUGAUCCAGGCCAAAGAGCCCGGCUCCAAGCGCGUCUCCCUGUGCCACGAACUGCGCACGCUCUUCCGGGUGAUGUGGUCGGGCAAGUGGGCGCUGGUGUCGCCCUUCGCCAUGCUGCACUCGGUGUGGCAGCUGAUCCCGACCUUCCGCGGCUACGCCCAGCAGGACGCCCAGGAGUUCCUGUGCGAGCUGCUGGACAAGGUGCAGCGGGAGCUGGAGAGCACAGCCGCGCGUGCCGCGCACAAACGCCUCGUCAAGCAGGUCCUCGGCGUGGUCAACACCAUCUUCCGCGGCCAGCUCCUAAGCCAGGUGACGUGCGUGUCCUGCGAGCGACGUUCCGACACGGUGGAGUCCUUCUGGGACCUGUCGCUGGAGUUCCCCGAGCGUUACCACAGCAACGGCGCCCGCGACUCUGCCGCGCAGACCUCCUGUCACCUCACCGAAAUGUUGGCCAAGUUCACCGAGACGGAGGCGCUGGAGGGCGACAUCUACGCUUGCGACUACUGUAACUCCACGCGAAGGCGGCCCUUGUCCAAAGUCGUCGUCCUCACGCCGGCGCAAAAACAACUGACGGUCCGCAAAAUGCCUCAAGUGCUACGGCUUCACCUGAAGCGCUUCAGGUGGUCCGGUCGCAACCACCGGGAGAAAAUCGGCGUCCACGUCAGCUUCGACCAGCUCCUCGACAUGGAUCCGUACUGCUGCGGCGAACCCGGGCGCUACCUGUACGAGCUCUCCGCCGUGGUGAUGCAUCACGGGAAAGGCUUCGGAUCGGGCCACUACACUGCCUACUGUUACAACUCGGCGGGAGGUUUCUGGGUUCACUGCAACGACUCCAAGAUGAACGUGUGCUCCGUGGACGAGGUGUGCCGAGCGCAGGCCUACAUUCUCUUCUACACGCAGACGGUCGCUCGGGGCAAAGACCGGCCGCCGUAGGAACGGCCUAAUUGGGCCACGAGGUAGCCGCUUGAGUGUACGGUUAGAUUUUAAAUCGAAUGAACUGCCAGAUCUGCCACCCGUUGUUGAAAGCGCUUUAAUUAACAUUGGCUAGCAUCGCAGCAAAACAUAAUCGUGUUAAAUGGCUGCGAUUUCAUGGUGGCAGGUCUUUUUUUUCCCCCCCUUGACAGAUGAGCUAAAGUGCCCUUAAACAAAUGUAUUUUUCUAGUGCGAGCUUUUUGCCUGAGGAAUGUAUAUUUUGAAUUCCAGAUUCAACACCAUGUAUACAUACACAAGACACGGGGAUUUGAACUCUUCCAAAAUGGAGGAUUCUGUACAAAAAGUUUCCUUGAAAGCACAUGUUUGUUUUGAGUACUAUGCAAAUUGUUACCUCACUUUGUUCUUGAGAAAUGACCUCAAUAAAUGAGAAUAUUUUUCCACUUUUCUACUAAAAAAGAUGGACGUCCGUAGAUGAGCAAAUUCCUUUAAUCUUCUUUUCCUUACAAAAACAUUCCGGGGAGUGGAAAAGGGCGAGCGACAGAAGCCGUACGGACCGACCGAACGUAGCUUAUCCGGCACGCGUGUGGGAUGGGAACGGAUAGAAAAGUCAGAAAGCGAGCCCGUUCAGUAGUCGUCUCCCCGGCUCACCACCUCCUUGCAGGUGGGCCUGAGCAAGAUGGUGUGCUCGAACUGCGCCGUGUAGCAGCCCUUGGUGUCGCAGAGCGGCGGGUAGGGGUCCACGAUGCCCAGGUCGCACAGGUUCUUCAGCGCCAUCAGGUACUUGCUCUCCCCCAGGCGGUCCAGCCAACGACGGCAGAACGCCAGCGUGCCAAAGUUCUCGUUGAUCACGUUGAGGAGGUGCUUGGCCCGCGGGAGCCUGAGGCGGACAGAGCGGGUAAGUCGCCCGCCGUCGCACCAAAAACAAAAAAGACCGACCUGAUCGGCACGUGUCCCACGUCAAAGUUCUUCAUGUAGUGCGAGCACUCCAUGUCGUCGUGAACGACGCCUUUCCCCGUGCUGCCGAACGUCUCGAUGGCGUACACCUCGCCUUCCUGCCGCCGAAAAUGAAAAAGGUCAUCGGGGGAACGCCCGUCGGGACUCUAGUACCCACCUCCAUUUUAGUGGCUUCUCCUCCUUUAACGAUGGGCACCGUCUUUCCGGCGUGUAUUCUGUACUGGCCGAUGGAAUGCCCGUUGAGGUUUCGGAUAGGUUUCACUGCGGGGGGAGGGAUUUCAUUCUUUUAGCACCGUUCGUCAUGCUCUCAAUUUGCACUUUUCUGUCUUUGAGCGAACUCGAGGAACGCGUCACCUUGGUACGUUUUUCCAUCGAGCUCCACUUCGUAGGACUCCAUGACUUCCUGAAUGGCCUCGCCGACGUCACACAGACGCACGUCGAUUCCGGCGUUCUGCGGGAGACAGCGGUGUGAGUUUAUGCGCACGUGACCCACCCAAAAAUUCUUCAGGCGCUACUUUGAUGCCCGUGUUGGUGGCGUCCUUGACGGCUUCCAGCAGCUUGUCGUACUUUGGGUUGAAGGUGACGGUGAAGGCACAGUCGAUGAUUCGCCCUAGCGGGCGGCGGCGAACGGUUAGUCGGCCGUUCGGGUCAAAGGUCGCUCGCCGGGUUUACCGUUGACGUGCGUGCCGAAGUCGAUCUUGCACACGUCGUCGUACUGCAGGACGGUGGGGUCGCCGGCGUUGGGAGUGUAGUGCGCGGCGCAGUGGUUGAGCGAGCAGCCGGUGGGAAAGGCCAGGCCGGCGUGCAGCUUGUUCUCCUUGAUGAGCUUGCGGGAGCAGUCCUCCAGACGCUCGCUGACGCCGAAGAAGCAGCUCGGCGUCAUCGAUCGGCGCGGCCGAGGGGAAGGAAAGGGUAUCCUCACCAUAUUUCGAUCAUGGUCAUCCCGGGUUUGAGGAAGC